AUGCAUUCGUUCAAAUUAACACCCUUGCUUUUGUUGGCAUUAAACUCGAUGGUGAAAGCCGCCGACGAAGACACAACCUCAUACGAGACCACAGUCACGGUGACAUCAACACCUCAAGUUGUUCAAACCACAACUGUGCCAGGCGAAGUUCUCAUAAACGGUAUUGUUUACGUUUGGACCGACGCCAAUGGUCAAUUAACAUCAACUACAGAGUAUGAAACCACCACCGUGCCAAUCACUACCGAUGCACAACAAACAAGUUCAGACGCCGAAACUGACUCUGACUCUGACUCUGACUCAGCAACUACAACUGCCACUGCAUCUGCCAUUACUGAUGGUAAUGAGUCCUCUGAUGCCGCUGCACCAUCUUCUCAACCAAGUGUACCAGCCGAAUCCUCAGAUGCAGCUACCAGUAGUGCUGAUGCCACAGCAGCUCCAUCUAGCGAUGCACAAGAGUCACAAAGCACGGCAUCUGUCUCUAACUCAGAAUCUGCACCAACUCAGGCCCCAACAACCACUGCACCAGCUUCAAGUGAAGCUACUUCUAGUGCAUCAAGUGGCGAUGACGCUGGUGAAGAAGAAGAAGACAAUGAUGAUGACGACGCAACUCGCUCAUUAACACUUGCUCCAAAUGUCUCCAGCAUCUUUGUCAACGUCCCAGCUGGUGACUACUCUACAAGCACCAUUACCACUGACACAACCUUGUCAGACGGCAGAACUGCUGCAUUAGAGUUGGUCGUCUUGUACACAGCCGUAUGUUCAGCCAACUAA